AUGGACCUUGUUCAGUUAUUACUCAUGCUUCUGAUCUCUUGUAUACUCAAUCUGGUGGUUGUGUGCAUCACUGCCCAACGUAUCAGCUACUCUUAUACUGGUCCUUCAGGCUUUGGACACACCACAAAUAGCAGCACAUAUCUAGCCAAUCUCAACCUCCUUCUCCAUUCUCUAUCCUCAUCAUCAAAUGCUACUGGAUUCUAUAACACCACCAUCGGUGAUGGUUCAGACAAGGUUUUUGGUCUCUUCCUAUGUAGAGGCCACAUCACACACCAAGAUUGUCAAAAUUGCGUGGAGAUGGCAAGUGAAGAGAUCAAAUCACUUUGUCACAACAUCAGCACAGCGAUAUCUUGGUACGAUAAAUGUCUGAUACGGUAUUCAAACCAAUCCAUCUUCUCGAUUUUGCAGCAAGAUCCAGUCUUUUAUGUUUAUGGUGCAGAACACGUCACCAACUUGGAUCAGUAUAAUCAGACAGUAGGAAAUUUGAUGAAUCUUGUGACCAAAGCUGCCUCUGGUUCUUCUAUUCCAAAAUACUAUGCAGCAGGCAGCGUGAGCUACACAGGCAAUGAUAACGUGUAUGGCAUGGUGCAGUGUACCCCUGAUAUAACUCAGGAUGAGUGCAAUGGAUGCCUAUCUGCGAGUGUUUCUAAUAUUCCAAGGAAACUCUAUUCGAAAGAAGGUGGGAGAAUUCUUAAACCAAGUUGCAAUUUAACGUACGAGUUCAACAAUCCUUUCUAUCAAGACGCUUCAUCACCACCUCCUGCAAAUCCUCCAUCCACCACCUCAACAGGCAAACACGGUAUUUCACCACCUCCUGCAAAUCCUCCAUCCACCACCUCAACAGACAAACACGUUAAAAACAGCAAUUCAACUGUGAAAGUCACAGUCAUAAUCAUUGUUGUUAUGGCUGGGGCACUUACAAUCAUGAUAAUCUUUAUCCUUUAUCCACGUAUAAGGAGGAAAAAGAAGCUCAAAGUUGAAGCUUUUGGGUAA